UCGUUUGAGUUUGUAUGCACGCAAGGUGUUCGUUUAUUUGCCCACACGAAGUUGCUGCUUAUCUAUCCCAAAAUCGAUAUGCUUCAUUAGUUAUGCUUCUCACUUUUCUUCAAGGAAUGUUUUUACUUGAGUCAAUCGUUGUUGAUCUCUGGUGCUAUCUGACUCUGACCCAGGGAAUCUGUAUCUCCAUGUUUAAGAAAAAAAACCAAUUGAAAAGAUUUACAGGAAACCUUACCAUCUCGAACAUUUAACGAAGAAUCUAGUUAUAAAUUGUGUAACUUAAGAUUUUUGCUGUAGGUUUUGGGUCGAGAAGAAUCAGUUAGGACAUGCGUUUGAUUCUCUCAAGUUCUUUCUUUUAACUGAUAAAUUUGGUUUUUGUUAGUAAAUGACCUAAUGGAAGUUUAUAGGAUUAUCAAAUUUGAGUUUUUUUUUUGGUUGCUGUUUCAAUGCAGAGACUCAUUGACGUAUGAAUGGCGUUAAGGCACUUAGGCAAGAAGGGCAUUCAAGCCUCUUUUAAAAGAGGUUUGGUUCUUCCACGAGUAGCAUCAUCUACAGAGAGGCAGAUUUCCUCGGCGGUUUUGAGAAGCGCUUCCGAAAGUGUCUCUUUUUCAUUCGCUCGGUAUAUAAAUGGCUUCUGUUUUAGCUCUCUAUCAAAUUGGUCUUCUAGUCGUGAAUCUUUCUCAACCGAAACAUCCGUAAGGUAUUUUCAUGCAAGCCGAGAAACAUUGGCAAGAAGAAAAGAGGAUCCUGAUCGUCCACUGAGUCAUCGUGAACGCAAGAAACAGACUGUGAAAACCAAAGGAAAGUUCUCGAAACGGGAGAAAAAACUGGAUACGCCACCCGUUGAAGCUCCUUAUGUGCCUCCUAGGCUGAAAAGAUUGGCAAAGGGUUUGCCUGAGAAGACAGUCGACAUAUUUGAAGGCAUGACAUUACUCGAGCUUUCCAAGCGUACUGGUGAGCCAGUGGCGGUUCUGCAGAGCAUUCUCGUCAACGUUGGGGAAUCCGUUAGUUCGGAAUUCGACACAAUCAGUGUCGAUGAAGCCGAGCUCCUUGCAAUGGAAAUCGGGAUCAAUGUUAGGAGGCAACAUACCACAGAAGGAUCAGAAAUCCUCCCACGGCCUCCGGUUGUAACAGUAAUGGGCCAUGUCGACCAUGGAAAAACCUCUUUGCUUGACGCUCUAAGAAACACAUCUGUGGCAGCUAGAGAAGCCGGUGGAAUCACUCAGCACGUGGGUGCAUUCGUCGUUGGCAUGCCGGAUUCCGGCACUUCAAUCACCUUCCUCGACACGCCGGGACACGCUGCUUUCAGUGAGAUGCGUGCUCGUGGAGCUGCUGUGACUGAUAUAGUCGUAUUGGUAGUUGCUGCAGAUGAUGGGGUAAUGCCGCAGACUCUGGAAGCUAUUGCGCACGCCAGGUCGGCGAAUGUUCCGAUUGUGGUUGCGAUUAACAAAUGCGAUAAACCAGGAGCUAAUCCGGAAAGAGUUAAGCAACAGCUCGCAGCUGAGGGGAUCGAGCUUGAGGAUAUUGGAGGAAACGUUCAGGUUGUUGAGGUUUCUGCAAUGAAGAGCACAGGGCUAGACAAACUAGAAGAAGCUCUGCUUCUCCAAGCCGUGGAUAUGGACCUUAAAGCAAGAGUGGACGGACCAGCUCAAGCAUAUGUGGUGGAGGCUCGGCUCGACAAAGGCCGUGGACCGUUGGCCACCAUUAUCGUAAAGGCCGGGACUUUACUGAGCGGUAAUCACGUAGUCAUUGGGUCUCAGUGGGGAAGACUAAGAGGUAUCAGGGACAUGAUUGGUAAGCUAACGGACCGAGCAACACCUGCGCUGCCUGUCGAGAUUGAAGGGCUUAAGGGUCUUCCGAUGGCUGGUGACGACGUCAUUGUGGUGGAAUCAGAGGAACGUGCGAAAAUGCUGAGCGAAGGGAGGAAAAGGAAAUAUGAGAAAGAUCGGUUGUUGAAAGCAGAGGAAGCGAGAUUAGCGGAAGCAGAGACAGCAGAAACAGAGUCUGGAGAAGGGUUUGUUAGGGUUGAGUUACCGAUAAUAGUGAAAUCUGACGUGCAAGGAACGGCACAGGCUGUUUCUGAUGCGCUAAGAACAUUAAAUAGCCCACAGGUUUUUGUGAACAUUGUAUAUAGCGGAGUGGGAGCAAUUUCUCAAUCUGAUUUAGACAAGGCACAAGCUUGCGGUGCGUGUAUUGUUGGGUUUAACGUCAAGGGGGGAAACUCUGUUAAUCUUUCCGCGGCUCAAGCCAGCGUCAAGGUAUUCCAUCACCGUGUGAUAUACCAUUUGCUCGAAGACAUCGGGAACUUGAUAGUAGAGAAAGCACCGGGAGUAUCGGAGCUGGAGGUGGCUGGUGAGGCCGAGGUACUUAGCAUUUUCAAGAUCUUAGGAAAGAAAAGAAGCGAAGAAGAUGGAGUGAGCAUUGCGGGUUGCAAAGUGAUGGAUGGUCGGGUAUGUAGAAGCGGGCUGAUGAGGCUUUUGCGGAGCGGUGAAGUGGUCUUUGAAGGCUCGUGUGCGUCGCUGAAACGUGAGAAACAAGACGUGGAACAGGUCGGGAAAGGGAACGACUGUGGGCUUGUGAUGGGAGAUUGGAAUGACUUUGAAGUCGGAGAUGUGAUUCAGUGCAUGGAGCCAGUCAUUAGAAAACCUAAGUUCGUUUCCUCUGAGAGUGGAGCUGUGAGAAUCGAGUGUUGAAAAUUGAUCAACCCUAAUCAAUUUUUUAAUCUUAUUGUUUAGGUAUGUUACGCUGAUGAUAUAUUUUUUGUGUGUUACAGAAGAAACUGUCAUAUUAUUUAUCAAUUUUGUUUUCUUA